CUAUUGGCUCCUCUCUGGGGAGUGGAGGGUGUUCAGUUAUUAAUGAUCACUGAGCAGGCAGUACCAUGUCAGUGUGACAACUGAUCUGGUGAAUGAUGCAGCACUAACCACCAGUACCACCAUAGUCAGGAGGAGAAACAGGCUACACAAGCAGCUUCUCUGUAUUGGAUUGUCAGCAGCAGCAGCCAGAGAGAAACAAAGCACUGGCAGAUAGAAAGGAUUUUAAUGGGCAAGCAGCUCCAUUCAUGCUGUAGGAUGUGUGCAUUCACAGGGAAAGAAAAAACUCUUAAUGUAUCUGCUCACAUCCUGGUUUUUAAUGCAAGUGUACUGUAGCCAGAACUAAGGAUACUGAUAGAAGAUGCUGGGACAUUAAAGCUGAUGGUGGAUAACUCUGCUGGGACCAGUGACCUUGCAAAUAUGGGAAUUUACAUUAAGCGUUCGCUGUCUACCUACUAAAAAAACCUUUUAUAUAUUGGAAUACAUUAUAAAGCAUGUGCUACCAACGUGGACGAAAAACACUACCUUUUUGCGUGAUUACUAAACACAAGCAGCUUUUCAUAAAGUGACUAUUUCCUUACAACAAGAAAAAAACAACAAGAAAAAAAAACUUGAUUUUGUAUAGCUCAAAGACUUUACAAUUUAACAAUGAUACGAGCAAUGUUGCUAAGAAUAAACUUCCUGCUUGGACUUGCUACGGCGGCAGUGGUGCAGAAUACACAGAAGAAAGUAGACUGUCCACAGUCGUGCACAUGUGAAAUCAGACCCUGGUUUACACCAAAAUCCAUUUAUAUUGAGGCUCUCACAGUGGAUUGCAAUGCAUUAGAACUGUACAACAUCCCGGACAGGCUACCUGCAAACACGCAAGUCCUACUUUUACAAGCCAACAACAUUGAAGAAAUUAAAAACACAGAGAAUUUCCCCGUGAACCUCACGGGAUUGGAUUUAUCUCAAAAUAAUUUAUCUUCGAUGGUCAAUAUCAAUUUCUCCAACGCACAUCAAAUACUUUCAGUGUACAUGGAAGAAAACAAGCUUGUCGGGUUGACCGAGGGCUGCUUUUCUGGGUUAAAAAAUUUGCAAGAACUCUAUAUCAAUCAUAAUUUCAUAUCUUCAAUUUCACCAGGCGCGUUUAUCGGGGUGGGUAAUCUUCUCAGACUUCAUCUUAAUUCAAACAGAUUGCAAGUGAUUAAUAGUAAAUGGUUUGAAGCAAUGUCAAAUUUAGAGAUUCUCAUGAUUGGUGAUAAUCCAAUAAUGAAAAUUGAAGAUAGGAAUUUUAAACCCCUUAUCAACCUGCGCAGUCUGGUUUUAGCAGGAAUAAAUCUUACGCAAAUACCAGAUGAUUCCUUCAUAGGACUUGACAAUUUGGAAAGCAUUUCUUUGUACGACAACAAAUUUGUUGAAGUCCCUGCAGUUACUCUUCAAAAGGUUCUGAAGCUCAAAUUUUUGGAUCUAAAUAAAAAUCCCAUUAGGCGAAUACAAAGAGGAGAUUUUAGAAAUAUGAUGCACUUAAAAGAGCUGGGAAUUAAUAACAUGCCUGAGCUGGUUUCCGUAGAUAGCCUAGCCAUUGAAAAUUUGCCAGACCUCAGAAAAAUAGAAGCAACCAAUAACCCCAAACUGGCGUACAUUCAUCCCAAUGCAUUCUACAGACUUCCCAAACUAGAAACGCUCAUGCUUAACAGCAAUUCACUGAGUGCCCUUUACAGGAGUACAAUAGAAGCUUUGCCAAAUCUUAAAGAAAUAAGUAUACAUAGCAAUCCCAUCAGGUGUGACUGUGUAGUUCGUUGGAUUAAUAUGAACAAAACAAAUAUUCGUUUUAUGGAACCAGAUUCACUGUUCUGUGCUGAUCCUCCAGAGCUUCAAGGUCAGAACGUCAGGCAAAUUCAUUUCAGAGAAAUGAUGGAAAUAUGCCUUCCAUUAAUUGCGCCUCAGAGCUUUCCAUCUGAUGUGGAUUUAAAGUCUGGUAGCUCAAUUUCCUUGCAUUGCAGAGCGACAGGAGAACCAGAACCAGAUAUCUAUUGGAUCACACCAUCGGGGUCCAAACUUUUACCCAACACAGCUUCUGGUUUAUUUUAUGUCCACUCAGAAGGAACACUGGAAAUCAGCAAUGUAAGUGUUUUAGAAGCGGGGCUUUAUACCUGUGUGGCUAAAAACUUGGUUGGGGCAGAUUUAAAAACGAUUAUGAUCACUGUAGAUGGGUCAUUUACCGGGAAUAUUAAUGGCUCUCUGGAAAUUGAUAUUAAAGAAAUACAAACCAAUUCAGUCAUGGUGUCUUGGAAAUCGGAAUCCAAAAUCCUCAAAUCUAAUGUGAGAUGGACCACUUUUCGUAACGAUGAAUUGAACAGAAUUGCUCACAGCGUUCGAAUGCCAUCAUACGUCAAACAAUACAACUUGACACGUCUCAGCCCACUGACCGAAUACAAAAUUUGUAUCGAUGCUCCAAACAUCUUCCAACACGUUGAAAAGCAAUGCAUUAACUUCACCACAAAAGGGAUUGAUAGAAUAAUGAAACACAAUGAAUACAUCAAUACUACAACUUUGAUUAUAAUUUUGGGAGGUCUUUUUGGAAUUAUCACAGUGGUCUGUUUUUUCAAUUAUACGUCCGUAUACUUGAAACGUAAUUUGGACGGAAAGCUUAUUGGGAAUAGUUUACAGACACCAGCAUUUGCUUACAAUGACCUUUAUCCUCCUCUAUUAAGUCUUUGGAACACAGACAAUGAAAGCACAGCUCUGGAAGUGAAAGCCACUGUUAUAAAAGUACCAUCUAACAUGCCAUAAAACAUCAUUCUGACAGAGCUUAAUUUAUGGAAUACAAACAAGCACAAGGUUCUAGUUGUGCUACUUUAUCAGCAGGAAGAUGUUUUUUAAUAAACAGUGUGACUUCACUGCUGCUCUGAGAAAAAAGUGAAAACAACUCCACAUGGGAUCAGCUUAAACAUUUUAAGGAACUGGCUUUACAGUAGUAAUGUUAAGCUAACUAAGAGUUUCAAUAAAUAUAACGUUGGGGGGGGAAGUACAGCCCUAAAAAGGAUAAUGGACUUCCUUUAACAAAAACAAUAAGAAGAAAUAGCUUUCUUUUAUGUAUUUUAUUGUUUUUGAUUUGUUGUUUUGUUUUUGUUUUUUUACACAUACUAUAGUUUAACUGAGCAAUACCUCCUCCUGUGAUGUAUUACACAUUUUAGCCAAGAGUUUUGAAGUGAUGAGGAACUAGAUUUGACAUGUGAUAUUACAAAAUGGACAUAUCUAUGUAGUAGAAGCAGUAAAUAUGUAAAUCCUUUUUUAUGGAAAAAAAAAUACAUUUUUUGAUUAAAAUAAUUUUUUUCUUGU